UGUCUAUUAACUUGUUCAAAAAAGUAUCAGGAGUUGUCAAGGCAGAGAAGAGAGUGUUUGCAAAAGGGGGAAAGUAGUUUGCUGCCUCUUUAAGACUAGGACUGAGAGAAAGAAGAGGAGAGAGAAAGAAAGGGAGAGAAGUUUGAGCCCCAGGCUUAAGCCUUUCCAAAAAAUAAUAACAACAAUCAUCGGCGGCGGCAGGAUCGGCCGGAGGAGGAGGGAAGCUCUUUUUUGAUCCUGAUUCCAGUUUGCCUCUCUCUUUUUUUCCCCCAAAUUAUUCUUCGCCUGAUUUUCCUCGCGGAGCCCUGCGCUCCCGACACCCCCGCCCGCCUCCCCUCCUCCUCUCCCCCCGCCCGCGGGCCCCCCAAAGUCCCGGCCGGGCCGAGGGUCGGCGGCCGCCGGCGGGCCGGGCCCGCGCACAGCGCCCGCAUGUACAACAUGAUGGAGACGGAGCUGAAGCCGCCGGGCCCGCAGCAAACUUCGGGGGGCGGCGGCGGCGGCGGCAACUCUACCGCGGCGGCGGCGGGCGGCAACCAGAAGAACAGUCCGGACCGCGUCAAGCGGCCCAUGAAUGCCUUCAUGGUGUGGUCCCGCGGGCAGCGGCGCAAGAUGGCCCAGGAGAACCCCAAGAUGCACAACUCGGAGAUCAGCAAGCGCCUCGGAGCAGAGUGGAAACUUUUGUCGGAGACGGAGAAGCGGCCGUUCAUCGACGAGGCUAAGCGGCUGAGAGCGCUGCACAUGAAGGAGCACCCGGAUUAUAAAUACCGGCCCCGGCGGAAAACCAAGACGCUCAUGAAGAAGGAUAAGUACACGCUGCCCGGCGGACUGCUGGCCCCCGGCGGCAACAGCAUGGCGAGCGGGGUCGGGGUGGGCGCCGGCCUGGGCGCGGGCGUGAACCAGCGCAUGGACAGUUACGCGCAUAUGAACGGCUGGAGCAACGGCAGCUACAGCAUGAUGCAGGACCAGCUGGGCUACCCUCAGCACCCGGGCCUCAACGCGCACGGCGCAGCGCAGAUGCAGCCCAUGCACCGCUACGACGUGAGCGCCCUGCAGUACAACUCCAUGACCAGCUCGCAGACCUACAUGAACGGCUCGCCCACCUACAGCAUGUCCUACUCGCAGCAGGGCACCCCUGGCAUGGCUCUUGGUUCCAUGGGUUCGGUGGUCAAGUCCGAGGCCAGCUCCAGCCCCCCUGUGGUUACCUCUUCCUCCCACUCCAGGGCGCCCUGCCAGGCCGGGGACCUCCGGGACAUGAUCAGCAUGUAUCUCCCCGGCGCCGAGGUGCCGGAACCCGCCGCCCCCAGCAGACUGCACAUGUCCCAGCACUACCAGAGCGGCCCGGUUCCCGGCACGGCCAUUAACGGCACACUGCCCCUCUCGCACAUGUGAGGGCAGGACAGCGAACUGGAAGGGGGAGAAAUUUUCAAAAAAAACGAGGGAAAUGGGAGGGGUAUAAAAGAGGAGAGUAAGAAACAGCAUGGAGAAAACCCGGUACGCUCAAAAA